GAAAGACUUGGCAAAUGCCAGCUCUCAUAAACGUUAUCUGACUGCCCACUCCAACAAUUGGCCGAUAUCUCCUCUCAUAUCUCAUCAGACACCGCAAGGCUCAUCGUAUCCUCGCAGCUUCAGUCGCGCUCACCGUGCAGCAUCCGCCGCCACCAUGGCGCUCUCCCCCGUCGUCACGACCACCUCCUCUGCUCAGAAUCAAAACACCGAGAAUUUCCAAACACUAAGAGCCGUCUCUUCACCUCUCAAGGCCCUCGCUUCCGGCUCAGGCCAAACUUCAUCCAAUGGCACGCCCAAACCUGCCCUCGCACCCGCGCCAACCGGCCAAACUCUCGCGCCAACCCUCGACCUCGCCGAGCAGAUGAACGAGGAGGAAAAGCGCAAAUACGUCAAAGGCAAGAAGCUCGGUGAAGGUACCUACGCCGUCGUCUUCCUUGGCCACCUCCGCUCCAGCCCCGCGACCCGCGUCGCCAUCAAGAAGAUCAAGGUCCAGAAGGAAUACACAGAGGGCAUGGCUCCCGACGCGGUCCGCGAACUCAAGCACCUCCAGGAGCUCCAACACCCAAACAUCAUAUCUCUCCUCUCCGUCUUCUCCUCAAAGGACCAGAACCUCAACCUGGUGCUCGAAUACCUCCCGCUCGGCGAUCUCGAAAUGCUCAUCCGCGACACCGACAAUGUCCGCUACGGUGCCGCCGACAUCAAGGCCUGGAUGGGCAUGCUCACCCGCGCCGUCUGGUUCUGCCACGAGAACUUUGUCCUGCAUCGCGAUAUCAAACCAAACAACUUGCUCAUCGCCGCCGACGGUGAAGUCAAGCUUGCUGAUUUCGGUCUUGCGCGCAGCUUCGCCGACCCCCAUCGCCACAUGACAUCCAACGUCAUCACCCGCUGGUACCGACCCCCCGAACUGCUCUUCGGCGCCCGAUACUACAGCGGCGCAGUGGACGUCUGGUCCGUUGGAACCGUCUUUGCAGAGCUCAUCCUGCGUGCUCCGUACAUGCCCGGCAAUAACGAGCUCGACCAGAUCAAAAUGAUUUGCGAAUCCAUCGGCACCCCCACAGAAGACAACUGGCCCGGCGUCACCCGACUACCAGAGUACACCGUGCCAGGCCAGCACCCCACACGAGGAAGGGACUGGUACGAGAUGCGCUUCGGCAUCGUGGGCACCGACGGUGUCGAUCUGCUCAUGAAGACGCUGUCCCUGAACCCGCAGAAGCGCAUCACCGCGCGGGAGAUGCUCCAGCACCGCUGGUGGCACUCUGAGCCCAAGCCCACACGCAAGGAUGACCUUCCGCGCAAAGACGAAAGCGCUGGAGAAGACAAGAUGGGAAUGGAUUUGAAGCGCCGACCUGGAAUGGUAGCUGACGAGGAUAGAGGUGCCAAAGUAGCCCGCAAAUUGGACUUUGGACAGCGGUAGAGCAAGAUGACUGGCUGCUUCGACUUUCAAAGUUUGCUAUUUUCUCUUCUAUUCUUGCACUUGGAACGGCGUUUGUAUACUGGUUUCUUGCACAUAUACCACAUCUAUGAUGGAGUUUAGUCUUCAUAAUAAAAUCAGGGGCCAAUAGAUUAAGGCCAGAGGAGUAUAUAUAUUGCCAACUUCAUCGUUCUUUCAUAUGUUUAUCCACUACCGCUAUACA